AUGACACGAUGGACUUCGAAAACCGCCCCGAAUUCACUGCAUUCAGAGAGAGUGGCAUUGAGCGUCGUACACUACGCUUCCAAUCGAUUAAAUUACGGCGUUGCAGUUGGUUUGGAAAUGUCAGCUGCAGUACAUAUUGGUGAACUUCCAUUUUUAAAGAUGGUUUUACAUGCUGCCAAACAUCCAGAGAGUUCCGUUAAUGGCAUUCUUUUAAGUGAUCAAAAUCAUGAUUCACAAAUAAUCAUUACUGACUAUAUUCCGUUAUUUCACAGUGUCAUAAAUUUGACACCAAUGCUAGAAACAGCUUUGUAUCAUGUAGACUCAUAUUGUGCAGCUAAAGGUCUUCAAAUAUGUGGUUAUUUCCAAGCAAAUGAACAUAUUAAUUGCAAUACCCCAACAAGUAUUGCAUGUAAAAUUGGUGAAAAGUUAAUUGAAAAAUGUGGUAAUGUUUGUUUAUUAACUUUUAAAAAUGAUACUUUGCAUCGGUUAACUGGAAAUUAUUUUACAGUAUUUUGUAAAUUAGAUUGGAAGUGGAAUGAAACAAAGUACACAUUUAAUUCAAAUGUUAAUAAAAAAUUAAAAGAAAUUCUACACUUGAAAUUUCAUCGUCAAAUUGUUGAUUUUGAUGAUCAUUUGAAUGAUGUUAAUUGUGAUUUUCUUAAUUUACAAUUAUCGAAAUCAUUAUGUGUAUAAAUUGAUUUUUAUGUAAAGUUUUUAAUUCUUUUUCUAAACAACAACAAUAUCUAACUGUUAUCUUUUUCUUAUUUGUUAAUAAAGUUCUAGAUAUUUGCUAAAUAAUAUUUCUAUAAAAUAAUAAUGUAUAGCUAGAUAUGA